AUUCUCUCUUCUUAAAAUUGCAGCAACUUUUCUCUUCUUUAUACUCUAUAUAUCCAUAAAAAUAUUAAGUUAUUUUACUCCCAAUACACUACCAAACCUUUCCCAAAAGACUAGAAGAAGUUAGAGCCAACAAGAGUUCGUUUAGAGCCCGUUUAAGGUAAGAAAACUCUUCCGAAAAUUCUGCAAUUUUUUUUAGAGUUCUUCAAGUUAUUGAGACACUUUUUGCUAUUUUUUUUGGUUCUUCGGUAAAGCUCGAUAACACCUCUAAAGUCUCGGUUCCUUACUAGUCUUCAACAACUCCGUUUCACUUUCUCUCUCGAACUCGAGGUGAUGUAGCUGGAACAAGUGGAAGUGCAGGACAUGGCAUUUAAAUCCGUUUUGAUAAAUACGGUUAUGUGUUUAUUUUGUUUACUUGAAUAAAAAAAUGGAAGCUUUGAACAACCAACCUCAUGUGUCCGGAGAUUCCGAGGCAUCAAACAUUGGAAACUUUGUUGGUGGAAACCCAGGUGAACACCAAGUUCCUACUCCAAUGGACAAACUCACCACCGAAGAUAAGAAAAAACUCUCCUUGAAUGCCAAAGCACUAAAUGUGUUGUUUUGUGCCUUGGGUCAAGAUGAGUUUGCUAGGGUGAGCUCUUGCAAAUCUGCAAAGGAAGCAUGGAAGCUCCUAGAAGCCACCCAUGAAGGAGAUAAAGACACAAAAGCUACCAAGAUAGCUUUGGGAACAUCCGAGUAUGAAAACUUCAAGAUGAAGGCCGGAGAAUCCGUUCAAGAUAGGAACAAACGAUUCAACCUCAUUGUCAACAAUUUGAGUAAGCUAAAUAAAGUUUAUCGUACUAGUGAAAUUAACACCAAGAUUAUAUUCUCUCUUCCUAGAGAGUGGCAUAGUCUUGUUGUAAAUUUGUUGCCCAAAUGUGCGAAUGUUGAAACCUCCACCAUUUGGAGCAGCCUAUACUCUCACGAGCUUCUUUUGAAGAAAAUGAAGGAAGAAGAACAGGUUCCUAUCAUCAAGAAGACCAUGGCACUCAAAAUUGAUGACCAUCCAGAAAGCGAAGGAGAAAGUGAUGAGGAGCUUGCCAUGUUCAAGAGAUACAAGAAGUUCAUGAAAUGGAACAAGGGCGAAUCCUCAAAAAGAUUUCAACCAAAGAAAGGUAAAUUGAAUCAAAUAACUUGCUAUGAAUGUGGAAAUGUAGGCCACAUCAAACCGGAGUGUCCAAAGCUCAAAAAGAAGGAAGAGCUUAAAAAAGGGAAGAAGAAGGCAUUAAAAGUCACUUGGGAUGAUUUAAACUCCGACGAAAGUGAUAGUGACCAAAGCCAAGAAGAGAACGCAAAUGCUUGCUUCAUGGCCUCCAAUGAUGAAGAAGAGGAUUUAAUCACUGAUGAGGAGAAACGAUGUGAGUUCUUCAUCGACGGACUAGAUGAGGAAUUCCAAAGGAGUCUCAACGGGACCGUACAUCAGAACUUCAAUGAGCUCAUCAAAGCAACCAUGCGUAUUGAUGCGAUCGGAAAGAAAACCUUUGAUCAAGGGGAAGCAUCAUCAAAGAAGAACAACUCCAACACAAAGAAUGUUGGUUGGGGAAAAUAUGGUCAAGCCCCCAAACAACAACAAUAGUACAACAAUAAGCAAAAGAAGACGGAAACUGUGGUUGAAAGGCCUGAAUGCCCUACCUGUAAUCGUCGCCACAAUGGGGAAUGUUGGUUUCUAACUGGAGCAUGUAUGCGUUGUGGGCAGAAAGGUCACAUCUCAAAGAACUGUCCUAAACGUACUGACAAGGCGGAAGCACCGAUUCAAAAUAAUAACAACAAUCGCCC